CAGUGAGGGCGCAGGGCGGGGCUCCGGCUGGUGUAGGUACGUGUGCUUCACAGCAGUUAGCUUUCAGCCAGUAAACCGAAGCUAAAGCUGAACUCAGAAACAUGGUGCUGCUCGAAAACGAUUCGUUUCUCACAGAGCUCACGCGGCUGUUCCAGAAGUGCAGAACAUCUGGCAGUGUCGUCAUUACACUAAAGAAAUAUGACGGGAGGACCAAGCCGCAGCCCAGAAAGGGCCACGCAGAGUCAUUUGAACCAGCAGACAACAAAUGUCUCAUCAGAGCAUCUGACGGCAAGAAGAAAAUAAGCACAGUGGUCAGCACCAAAGAAGUAAUCAAGUUUCAAAUGGCAUAUUCCAACCUCCUUAGAGCUCACAUGGAUGGACUUAAGAAGAAAGAUAAGAAAAGCAAAAGCAAGAAAACCAAAGCCACACAAUGAGCAACAGACUCUUUAACAUAACCAUGGGUACCUAAACUGGCCUGUACCAUCUGAGGAAAUGGGAAAGGCCUCCAUCUGGUCUGUUGCCCCACUCAGCUCUCUUCCCAUUCACCUGAGGCCUCAGAAUCACUGUUCAUCCACCCGGUGACUGCUUUGAUAUUAUGCCAUUGUUUGCAUGGUAAUGUCUCAUCCCUGGCUGUUCGAAGCCAUCGGCCAUCUGGAACAGAAAACCUGAGGAUCUCCCGUACAGGAUGAAGCAAGUCAACUUCAUUGAAUCGCCACCAUAUCUGCUUCGGAACCAGGUCAUUCACAGCAGCGUCACCUCCAUGGAGCCAAUGUUUACCUGCCUUUCAUACUAUUUAAUUGUUAGAGUCCAUAUUUAUGUUAUAUUUGCCACUGACCUACGAGCUGUGCUGCCAUGUUUCAAUUUGACUGCGCUUUGAGAAGCAUUAUAGGAUUUUUUUUAAUUAAGUAAGCAUCUAAUUUACUGCAAAGUUGCUUUGAAGCACAGAACUUAAUUUAAUCAGAUCAGAUGAUAUGUUUUUUAUUUUAAACACAUUUUAUUGUAUGAAGCUUGAUACUGGAGAUAAAAAUUGACUUAAUUCUAUGUUUUUAGUACACCUCCUGAAGUACAAUGAAUAUUAUUUUUGUUUUGAACCAUGGUAUCAAACCAAACUGUCAAACUGGCUGUCUCACAUUGUUAAAGGCCAGUAAUUCCUACUGUGUAGCUUCGGUGCAGGUGGUUAAGUGAAAUCUGAGUGAUGAAACAACACACAAAAUGUUAAAAGUUGUAGAUUUUACUGAAAGGCAUGUUUGAGUUAUGAGUACAGAGACAAAGUCUUGGCUGUAAUUCUAAUAAUGUUUCUGUUAAUCACAAUGACAAGGCAGAUAUCACUACAGCCACUAUAUUUGUAUUGUCUCUUUGUGCUCUCAGGUCCUGAUCUCAUGGAAGAGGACUGCAGCAGAAUUUAAGUUCAGAAAUAAAGUGCGUUGUUGAAAAUCA